AUGGCUGCCGAAUCCACUCCUAUAGAUUCGCGUGAUUCUUAUCCUCGUCCGAGCGAAAUCAAGCCUGGGGCGAUCGAUGUCUCUCAACUGGAUGAGCCGAAGUACAAGAAAUACCAGCGGCUAACCUCCGAAUUCGAUAAGGAGACCCGCUGGAACGAUUCAGUUCACACAAAGAUUAACAAGGUCGAUACCUUGAUCCAGGCCAAUGUUGCUCCGGAACACCAUCAUAUUCUCCAGGGCAAGGUCACCCCAUACGAGAAACCGGUCCGCUUGAAGCAGCAGUUUGAACCUAAGGGUGAUACUAGCCGCCAGAGUGUACAGAUGCAUGGAGAGAUUUGGUUAGAAGACCAAUUGGCAGUAUCUCAAUUGAAAAAUGGCUUGCAACGUGGUCAAAUUUCUACGAAGAGGGCAAAGCAAUGA